GGGGUGUGGCGUGUAAGAAUAAUACAUGGCCCACCUCCGAGUAAUCGUCGUUGGCGCUGGGCUGAGCGGCCUCAGUACAGCGAUCGCAUGCACAAUCUCAGGCCAUUCCGUUACAGUUAUUGAAUCGGCAUCUGAAUUGCAAGAGGUAGGCGCAGGACUCCAAGUCGCACCAAAUGCCACGCGUCUCUUGAAAAAAUGGGACCUACCAGACUCCUUUUGGGCCACAGCCGCCGAACCAACGUUCCUGGCUGUGCAUAGAUACUCUGAUGGAAAAGUAUUGGCCAUGAAGAAGGAUUUCAAUACAAAGAUGCGUGACAAUGAUAGGGCGCCGUUCUCGAUUUUCACCGCGUCGAUCUACAGCUGGCGCUGUAUAAGCGUGCCCUCGCCCUCGGUGUCAAAUUCGAGCUGAAAGGGUACAAUCGGUCGAUUUCGACCUCCCACAAGUUACCACAAGUUCCGGGGCUAAAUUCUCAUCGGACCUUAUUGUAGCUCGGACUCUGGUCGCAAAGUCGGAAUUGCUUCUUGAAUGUCAAGGAUGCGCCUCUACCAACUGGCGAUCUGAUAUAGGGUUGUCCUCUCGUUGGACGAUAUUGAAGCCCUGAGCUGAGAGAAUGGGUGAGCAACCCGUCGGUACAUUUUUGGAUUGGCCCAGGAGCCCAUGCUGUUAGUUACUCUGUGCGUGCGGGGAAGAUGUAUACUAUCGUCCUACUUGUUCCGGAUGAUCUUCCAGAGGCUGUUAGUCGUCAAUCUCGUUCGU